GUCUUCUGCUCGCCCGCCUCGCCUCCUCUUCUUCCUCUCCAGCGCCUCUUCAACCUCUCCGUCGUCCUCUCCUUAAACCCACCCAACCCAAAUUUCACCAAUUCGUCACCAUGUCCACUGGUCUUGACAUCGUUCACACCGCUGGUGCUGCCCAGCCUGUCGGCCCCUACUCCCAGGCCAUCAAGGUCAACGGCCAGAUCUUCCUCUCCGGCCAGAUCCCCCUCACCAAGGACGGUGUUCUCAUCGAGGGCUCCAUCGGCGAGAAGACCCGGCUCUGCUGCGAGAACAUCAAGGCCGUCGUCGAGGCUGCCGGUUCCAGCGUCGAGAAGAUCUUCAAGGUCACGGUCCUCCUCGCCGAUAUGGCCGACUUCGAUGCGAUGAACCAGGAGUACGGCAAGUUCUUCGCCCACAAGCCUGCUCGUUCUUGCUUCGCCGUAAAGCAGCUGCCCAAGAACGUGCCCGUCGAGAUCGAGUGCGUUGCCUUGGCUUGAGUGUCUCUCUCAGCUCCGAUAUGAGUACAGUUGGAAAAAGAAGAUUGUACUGUACAGUACAUGCUUGGAAAUGAAACUCGUAUAUAGUGAAUGACCAUAUCAAUGUACCUUGCUGCGGG